AUGGCGCCUCUCAGUGACGAUGUUGACUACGAUACCGGCGAAACAAUUGGGAAUGUACCAAGUCAAUGGUGCGAUGCUGGAAAUCACGAAUACCAUGUCAGAGGACACGGGACUAGGUAUGUUCUACUAGGUCUCCACUACGCUCCCACCAAUUUGCGCAAUCGACGUCUAACCAACGACAUUAAAUUUUAUUUUUUUUAUGUCUUCGAUCCUCGACGUUUCCACAAAAGGCUCUGCCGAACGGCAUUGGCGAAUCUGCUAUCUGUAUUUGCCCCAUUUGUUGGUGUGCUAGCAUUUAACCAUAUUGCUUGA